UUUUUUUAUAUUCUAAAUUAACAUAUUAAACCAUUGAAAACUCAUUGAAAACUCACAAGUCACAAUUAAUUUUAACAUAGACAAUGCACUCGUAGUUUUUAGAUUCGAUUUUGGAGUGCAGAAAACAGUUUUCUGCACGCACCCUCACCGUGGUUACAUAUCUCUCGCUCAAUUUGCUACUCCCAAGUGUAGGCAAUUUGGAAUUAAAUGUACGGCGGCGAUGGAAUCACUGACGAUCCUGACAGAACUGCAUUUAGAAGAGCAGAGAAGAAAUACAAGCUCUAUUAUGAUCAAAACACGAAAAGGAGGAAGCAAAUUAGACCUGUAGAUUUGUCCGAGGUGGUCGAUUUCAAGUCAAUCCUGGAGACUUAUAAUCAAACAGGUGAAACCCCAAAUUGUGUUCAUGUACUCAAAGGGGAGUUUGAUUGUCCAGUGAUUCAUGUUGACAAUCGCCCAGGCUUUUACUUCAUUCCUGGAGCUUUAAGUGUUGAGCAACAAUGUCGAUGGAUAAAGGAAAGCUUGGUGAGCUUUCCCCAGCCCCCCAACAGGACUAAUCAUAAUGCUCAUUAUGGUCCUGUACAAGAUUUGUUUACUGCAGCGGGAGAAGGAAAAAUUCUUGUUCAAAAGGAGGAUUCACUAAAAGAAUCAGAGCCGUUAAGCAAUGCAAACGAGCCACGAUGGAAAUUCUGUGAUAAAACAGUAAAUGUUUCGUUGAAGGGAUAUGGUGGCAAUUCAAUCUUGGCUUCAGUGCUGCUGAGAAAAUUGCGGUGGAGUACGCUUGGGUUGCAGUUUGAUUGGUCAAAGCGAAAUUAUGACGUGUCUCUACCACAUAACAAAAUUCCUGAUGCACUUUGUCAACUGGCUAAAAAGUUGGCAUUGCCUGCUUUGCCUGCUGGAGAUGAGUUUAAGCCAGAGGCUGCUAUCGUAAACUAUUUUGCAUCAGGUGAUACCCUUGGCGGACAUCUCGAUGACAUGGAAUUAGAUUGGACUAAGCCUAUAGUAAGCAUGAGUUUGGGCUGUAAAGGAAUUUUUCUUCUUGGUGGGAACUCUCGAGAUGAUGAACCCUUAGCAAUGUUCCUACGUAGUGGUGAUGUUGUACUAAUGGCUGGAAAAGCUAGGGAAUGCUUUCAUGGGGUUCCCCGGAUAUUCACAGACAUGGAACACUCUGAAAUUUCACUCUUGGAGAAACAUUUAUCAACUGCAACCGAUCAGUGUUUUUUGGAUUACAUUAGAACGUCAAGAAUCAACAUCAACAUUAGACAAGUCUUUUAAGUUUAAUCCAGGGAUCACUGUCUAUUCAUCUCCGUUGAAGUAAUUUUUUUAUGCUCUCAUCUUCGAUCUUUAUAUAUGGAAGAUCUUUUUUGAACCAAAGACGUAUACAUCGAGAGUACAUCAACUCGCUCAUCUGCGUAAGCUUCAUUGUAAUAGUUUAGUGAGCGGCGUUUUUUCAGUCAAAGAGCUCAUUAGCUGAGUGCAACACUUGCAAGAUAGCAGUAGGCUUCACUUGCUUCUUGUUUUGGUACUUACAUGUGCUAGUAAUUUUAUCUGGAAAUUUUGUAAACAGAAGUUUGAUUUUUGUUUAGUGAUGAAAAGUUCAUUAAAUACAAGUAUAUUAAUUUGA